UCAUAACAGUGAAAACCAUCAAUUCAAAUUAUCUAAGCUGACUAUUCUGGACGAAUGUGUUACCGGUGAAAAAUCUCUCCCACAUCAUUAAUGCAAAACAAUUGAUGGAUGUGUUUGUUUGUUUGGGUUUUUUUACUCCUCCUGUUUUCGGAUUGCAGCAACACGACAAAAAAUUGUGCAUCAAGAGAAAAUAACCGAUUUCCUGUUUUAUGGCCUGGUGUGGGUCGAGUACAUUCGUAUCAUCAACUUGCAACCUCCGGGCGAAAAAAUCUCGCGUUUGAUUUUGUCGCAGCAAAGGGGGCACAGCUGUACGCCGUUCGUGUGAGCAGUGUGUUAUUCAUCAUCAGCCUGAGCGUGGUGGAGUUGAAAGUGAAGCCCCCACGUGGUACAAGGGCAGGAAACGUGGCCCCGGACAGAAAACCAACGAAAGCUAGACCACCCAAAAUGAUGACUAGAAGGAAAUCGGUACACGAAUCGACGAUGCAGGCGCAACUGCAACUUCAAGAGCGUGCUGCCGAGGAACAGCUAACGCUUGGAGCACUUGCGUCCGGAAUCGCCAACAUACUUGGUCCAUCGCAAAGCACUCACGGUGCAUCGGCUACUCACAGUUCGCCUGGAACGCCCGGCACGGCUACGGGAACGCAACAAACGCUAUCGAAGCAGGCGACUGCGAAUGGUAUGGAAACGACGAAAAAGAACUCCGGUAUUUCUCCGACAGCAUCAGCUUCAUCAACAGCAACGACCAGCAGUAGUAAUCUUGCAGCGAAGAACACCAACAUGGGUCGAAGUAAAACACCAAGGAUCUCCAAAAGAAGUGCACCGAUAGAUGUACCGCAAACCAGUGGAGGAAGCACGGUAACAAACACAACUGCAACACUAAACAGUACGGUAAGCUCCAGUACGACGCACGGUGCCGGAGGUACUAACACAGCAACCGGUCCAAACCCGGUACAACAAACGCUCGCACAGAAUGGGAUGGAUCCGGACGAAAUACCGAAGUUCAAGGGUUACCGUAUCAUCGAGAUAGAUCACUUCCUGCAGUGGGCUGCUUACUCCCAGUUUAUGCAUUCGAAGCACUGUCCCGGUGGACUGUUAAAGCCGUACCAGGAAUACAUCAGCGGAUGCUACUCCACGUUCGCCAUGAAGUGUAGCAAAUGUUCCGCGAUUAUAACGCGCUCGUCGGAAAACUACAUCCAUCACAACAAGCUGAUGAACCGGCUGGUUAAGGGUACGGUACAGCUCGGCAAAGAUUACGACGAGAUGCAACAGUUUAUGGAAUCGCUCGAAGUACCGUUUGUAACGCGCGAGGAGUUUCAAUCGAUCCGUGGCCAGGUCAGUUCCUCGCUGGAAGAUCAAUCGGCAUUGCAGCGAGCGGUGGAGGAGCUAGAACGGGCGGCAUCGGUUGCUUCGAAGCGGAAGCGGCACGGUAGCUGCAAGUACCAUUACGAGGUGCUGAAAGUAUAUUUAAAUAAGAAGAUGAAAAAAAUCGAAGAAAAUCUACAACUGUCCGUAAACGACUCGGUAGCGUUGGCGGUAAAUGCACAUCUAAAGAAUGUGUCCCAUGUGCAACUAGUUCCCAAUGGUCUCACUAACACAAACGUAAACUGUACAACGAUCACUGGUGUAAAUGGUGGCAUUAGUGCAACCACGUCUAGCAACAGUAUUGGAAACCUCGCAAUCGGAACGAUCAAUGUACAGAGCGUCCCCAUAGCAACGCCAAUAAACGGAAGCAACAGCAGUAACAGCAGCAACAGUAUGUACAGCAGUAGUAGCAUUAGCAAUUGCAGCCGGUCCGGCACUGGCAAUGCUAGCGUUCAGCUGUCCCUUCCCGAACCAACCAUAAGCGGCAUGGUUAGUGGACGACUUCCACUUGCCAAUCGCGAACAGCAUCACUGACCACUGGAACAGUUGGAAUGGUUGGGCUACUGGUUACCGGACGGAUAGGUACCGUCGUAAAGGUUAUUGUACGAUGUGCCAAUGUGGAAAAGGAUUGGACAAACAGAAAACAUUCGGGUAUCAGAACGUAUCUCGUCAUUUGCUUAUAAUAGUACUGCGAUCUUAUCAACCUAUAAAACGUAGUUUUAAACACACGAACAAACAUUAAUCGGAUGCUGGAUUUUGUAUCCGGUAGUACGAUAUUACCUUUCUUUUUAAUCGUACCUUUUCUUACCAACGUUUGUUCUUCAAACCGGUAAAAGUUAUCAAAUGAUGGCGGAAGGUGUAUGUAUGUUUUUUUUAUUACGAUAAAGAUAGUCGAUAGAAAGCGCCGUCAGGGUAAUCGAAUACCUUACAUGAAAUGUGCAAAAUGAGAUUAUUAGAAGGAGAACACGUAAACGUAAACAUAUUAAGUGGUUAGUGGACUCUACACACAUAUAUAUACAGUGAUUAGUGGACAAACGUGUCCGAUGUAAGGGACCUUUAAUAUUCACGAAAUGAAUAUUAACCGAUAGCGAUAAGUUUGAACAAAAAACGCAAGUUUUAUUUUCCUCACCCUGUAAAGGUACAUAGUCGUUGUGGGUAAUGUGCAACCGGUGUAAGCAUUUCCUACCUAGGGAACAUUAUUUUUUCUUGCCAAUUGUAUUAAAACUCAAACUUGAAACCGUCACAAAACGAUCGUGAUCGUGUUUUCAAUCCUAACCAGAGUUCCUGUCCCGGCUGUUCUUCUCAAAAUAAUUGUUUUUUUUUAAUCGUAAAUCCUUGGAACGUUUUUUCGUCGUAGCGAAACGCAAUCUCGAGUUCCUUGCGCUGUGUAAUAAUGUCGUACUUAAAAUAGCUUUUAUUUUAGAUGGCGCGCUUCAGCUCAUUGAGUGAGCCGAGUUUUUUUUUUUUUGAGAGGGGGGAAGGAUAUUAUUUACCACUUAAAUAUGUUUUACUCCUUAUUAUUUACACCCCCGCAUGUGCAUGUAAAAUGUGUAAUGUAAUGCGCUAAUGUUUAAGGUAGAACCAAAUCACAGGGCAACCGUGUUUCGGAUAGGUAGUUUUUAAAUAAACAAAUGCAAAUGAUGUAUCAACGAUUGAGCUUACGAUA